UCUGUGUGUAUAUAUAUUAUUUCAAGCUAGUCAAAUACAAAAUCCUAACCCAGAACAAAAUCAACCUGACGAAUUAACGAUUUCUCUCUCUAUCUCUCUCUUAAAUAACUGCAAUCAAAUUGAGUGAAUUCUGCCAGAAUUGCUGGUUUUUGGAAGCCUCUGCCAUGCACGACGGAGAUAUCCACGGCGGCGACGGUGCGGCUGCGCUGGAUUUGAAGAAUCUGAAGGUGAUCUCGCCGCUCGGCCGGGGCGCCAAAGGCGUCGUAUUCCUCGUACAGACGGAGCGCGGCGAGCUGCUCGCGCUCAAAGCAAUGCUGCGAUCCUCCAUCGAGAAGAAGAAGAAGAUCUCGAGCGCCGGCGACGGCAGCGAGUACCGGAGGAUCUGCUUCGAACGAGAAGUGUUGGCGUCGUUUCACCAUCCUCUGCUGCCGCGGCUGCACGGAGUUUUGGCUACUGAUAAGAUCGUCGGAUACGCGAUCGAUUACUGCUCCGGCCGCGAUCUGCAUUGUUUGAGGAAGAAACAAACCGAGAAAAUGUUCUCCGAUGACAUCAUCAGAUUUUACGCGGCGGAGCUGGUGCUGGCUCUGGAGUAUUUGCACGGUUUAGGCGUGGUUUACCGAGAUCUGAAGCCGGAAAACGUGAUGAUUCAGGAGAACGGCCAUUUAAUGCUGGUGGAUUUCGAUCUGUCGACGAAACUCGCUCCGAGAUCUCCAGAAAUCCGCUCAGUCUCCUCCUCCGAUUCAGAUCCGCUAGCGAAGAAACCGAAACCGAAACCGAAGAAGAAGAAGCUGUUCAGUUUCCGGAGCCGCCGCCGCGACUCGGGGAUCUCGCCGGAGGAAACCGAAACCGAAACCGAUUCCGACCUCGCGAGCACCGCGUCCGACUCCGUCGAGAAGUCGAACUCGUUCGUCGGCACGGAGGAGUACGUCGCGCCGGAGGUCGUCCUCGGCGACGGGCACGACUUCGCCGUCGACUGGUGGUGCCUCGGCGUCAUGCUGUACGAGAUGCUCUACGGAGCGACGCCGUUCCGCGGCGCGAACCGGAAGGAGACGUUCUACCGGAUCGUGACGCGCGUCCCCGAUCUGACGGGGGAGUCGACGCCGUUGAGGGGCUUGAUCGGGAGGCUCCUCGAGAAGGAUCCGCGGAAGAGGAUCUCCGUCGCCGAAAUCAAGGGCCACGAUUAUUUCAAGGCGGUUGAUUGGGACGUGAUUACGGAAAUGCCCCGGCCGCCGUUUAUUCCGGAGAUAACGGACGUUGGGGACAUGGACGGGAUUGACGAAAUUGACGUGGAGAAAUACGUCGAAGGCGUGUUUGAGGAAAAAGUGGAAAAUAAUACGAAUAAAAACGCGUGGGUUAAUAAGAAUCAUCCCACGCAAAUUCAGAAUGAUAAUUUUUUGAUUUUUUGAUAUUUUUUUUCUUCAUCAUAUAUGAUUUUUGAAAUUAUAUUAUUAACAGAUUAUUAUUUUAUUAUUUGUAAAAUAGAAAUUGAUUUAAUGUGUAGUGAAUUACUUAUAUUUCAUGA